AUGGCACCCCAAAGAUCAGCCACUAGGUUGAUCAAGUUCGCGAUCUUUGCUGUGGUCUUGAUUGUCUUUGGCUACACCUUGUCGUCUGGGUCUGGUAACUCAAAACCAACGGUUGGGGUAGUUGAAAAUAGUCAACCAGUAGCUAACGUUCCAGUAAACGAAAUUCCAAUUGCACCAAAAGAAAUUCCAGUUAAAGAAGCUCCUAACCCUAUCAAGAAUACUCCUGCUCAAUUGAAGGACACUUCUUCCCACGGAGAUCAAACACCAUUAGGGUCGGAUGUUCAUUUAGAUGAAAAAAUCAAGGCCUGUUUUGUUGCUUUGGUUCGUAAUGAAGAAUUAUCUAGUUUGGUUGAUGCCAUGAGACAAAUCGAAGAUCGUUUCAAUAAAAAAUAUCAUUAUGAUUAUGUUUUCCUUAACGAUAAAGAGUUCACUGAAGAAUUUAAAGAAACAGUCCAGGCAUUUGCAAGUGGUCCAGUCAAAUUUGGUUUAAUUCCUACUGAUCACUGGUCUUAUCCAUCUUGGAUCGAUCAAGAUAAAGCUGCACAGGUUCGUAAGGAUAUGAAGGCUCAGAAUAUCAUCUACGGUGACUCUGUUUCUUAUAGACAUAUGUGUAGAUACGAAAGUGGAUUUUUCUGGAGACAUCAAUUAAUGGAUGAAUAUGAAUAUUAUUGGAGAAUUGAUCCUGGUACUAAAGUUUAUUGUGAUAUCGAUUAUGAUAUUUUUAAAUGGAUGAAAGACAAUGAUAAGAAAUACUCUUUCACCAUUAGUUUACCCGAAUAUCAUGCUACUAUUCCAACGUUAUGGGAUACCACCAAACAAUUCGUUAAAGAGAACCCUCAGUUCUUAAAUGAUAACAACUUAUUAGAAUGGAUUAGUGACGACAAAGGCGAAACCUAUAACGGUUGUCAUUUCUGGUCAAAUUUCGAAGUUGCAAGCUUAGAUUUCUGGAGAAGUGAUGCUUAUAGAAAAUAUUUCGAUCACUUAGAUCAAGCCGGUGGGUUCUUUUACGAAAGAUGGGGGGAUGCUCCAGUGCAUUCAAUUGCUGCCGCUCUCUUUUUAGAUAAAGAACAAAUUCACUUUUUCGAUGAUCUUGGAUACUAUCAUGUUCCUUUCCAUAAUUGUCCCUUUGAUAAAAAAGUUAGACUCGAAAGAAAAUGUGCAUGCGAUCCAAACGUCGAUAUGACUUUCCAUGGUUAUUCUUGUACCCUGAAGUAUUACGAUAUUAAAAACAUCCCUAAACCUAAAGGUUGGGAAAAACAAAUCAAUGCAAAUGUAUAG